GAGCGCGCUUCCGGUAUUCAGUUAUGGAUGUUUCAAAUGUGUGAGACGUGGUUACAUCAACACCAUCAAACAGCAAAGUCCCACAGUAAACCAUCAACGCUUGGGCCCCCAACCGCUCCACACCCCCAGCAUGCACGGCACGUGCCGAUGACGUAGUCAUAUUAUCUUUCUGGUUCUACCAGAUAUUUAAAAACUAUCUUAGGCUUAUCGUCUUCGUGAGUAGCACCAGUCAGCCAUGGGCAAGAAGAAAAAAAGAGAUUACGACGACGAUGACAUCCAGCGGGGAGUCACCCCCAUACCUCCACUCAACAACAUCCUCAUCGAUCUAACGACCUUGACCAACGAUGAGGCGGCGGCGCUGGAGAAACUCAUCAGCAAAGAUGAGGACGAGAUGGCGCAGCUCGACGAUACGGUCGCACCUGUCCGGCAUGACAUCGAGAUGAUCAAGCUGUGGACCAGGAAUGACAAGAACGAGAAACCGGACAUCUCGUACAUGUGCAUCCGGUGCCGGAGGCCGAUCAGGUUCUGGAAGUACUGGAUUCCGCUGCCGGACUGGGGGACGCGGUGCAUGGUCUGCAAGCACCGCGUCUGUUGGAGGUGUCGCUACAAGCAGAAAAACGGCAAAUACAUGUGUGUCCUCUGCCUUAAAUGCAGAGAAGAGAAACAUCUAACAGGGGAGUGGCAUAACGCAGGUUGUGGUCUUCACGGCACAGACUUGGUGAAAAUUUCUCUUCAAUCCAACGGGCCCGGUACGGUGAGGUCAAAAGGUAUCAAAUCGUUUUUCGGUAUGUUGCCCUCCAGUGGUUCGGCAUCUAAAAAGAAGAGCAGCACUAGCGUCAAACCUAAGGUUAGAAGCAAGAAAGGGAAGAAAAAGGGGAAGAAAAAAGGAAAGAAAAAGGGCAAAAAGAAGGGGAAAGGUAAAAAAGAUAAAAAGAAAAAGGGCGGCAAGGACAAGAAGAAAGGCAAGAAGAAAGGUGGGAAGAAAGAUAAAAAGGGCAAGAAAAAGAAGGAUAAAAAUAAAUCGAAGAAUGCGGCUGAGAAAAUGGCGGAUAAAAAUGUAUCGCGUAAAAACUCAAAGGAAACCGAAGAGGAAGGGAAGGAAAAGGUAGACAUAGAAGAGAAAAAAGACGUUGAGUUACUGCGCGAAAGUAGUCCCUCACUUAACAGCCAAUCGGAAGCGAAUGUUUUCACGGAUAAAAUUAUAUCCGCGGCCGUGCUCGAGAGAUACCAGAGAAUCUACGGUCCCAUAGAGACCUCUGGGGACUACUUCCGGUUGUCGGGCAUGAGCAGGCAUCGGAUGUUGAGAUACACUCACAAACGCAUCGCUAAAUACCCGGAGAGGCCAACCCGUCUUAGAGACUCGGGGAAUCAAUACGAGGGUUGUCAAAUCUCACCAGACGUGGGAAACCCCAACUCUAAAAGGAUGCGAAUCAAAGAUGCCACCUCGCAGGCAGAUAGUUUAAAGAAAACUGGUGGACUACAAGAGACGUUUGGGAAGACAUCACACAACCUCGAGGCACCGGAAGCUCGGAGGAAAUCCCAACAUGCUCCGCGAUCACCGUCUUUAAUGCGCAUGUCACAAACUGACCAGCCUCGUGCUCAGCAUUUAAACAAGUGCUCCAACAAGAAAUCCUCGUCUCCUGAUACCAUACGAGACAGGUCCUGUAGUAAAACUCGGGCUCAAGACAAACGUCCACUGGACAAGCACUGGGUCAGUAAACAUCCUGCAUCAGAAGGUUCCUCGUCCGGGAGGCAACAUAGUCACGAGCGACGGCACUCAGAAGACAGGAUACGAGAAGAGAACUUGCCAAGGAGGCGCUACAGCAGUUUACAAGAACGGAAACGGCCGAGUAAUCCCGAUGAUAAUAACUUAACCAACCAGUACGCAGCGAAGUCGCUUGAACGUCGGGCACAGCGGGAGGAUCUAGGUAAACAAAGACUGGCGGAAUAUUUUCUCCGCCACUCAAAUCAAUCGUUCGAGCCAGCCAGAGAGCCGUUGAAGUCAUUAGCCAAUGAAAACUUCCAACGCAAACGGGACGCGACGUUCAUCAAACGGCCGCAAGCUGAAAGCUACUCCACUUCAGAAACUGAAGGAACGAGGACGAAGAGAGAGCAGCAUCGGGCACGUGACCACCGCUCCCUAAGCGAGAACCAACGCAAGCCAAAAAUAGAUUUUCAGCACGUCUCCCAGAGAAGCCCAGCGGGCAGAGCCGACCAGCCUGACCCGACCAUACACCGCACUGAAGAGGGGAUCCUUUCGAGAAAACGCGGACCCGAUAUACGAUACACACGCCAUUCAUCAGAACGGAACAAUUCUCCGAAAAUUCCAAAAUUCUCCCUGCCCGACCGCGUCAAGGAAACCCACAACCAUUCCAAGGUCAAUGAUUGGCGCGUGGAACCGGAGAAUUCUUCUGGUGACAGUACCAGCAUUCUCUCCUCGUCCCCCUCUGGCGACCACCCAACGGAGAACACGACGGACGGGAAGAUCAAACACAGCAGAUUGUCCCAGCUACGAGCCUUGUUGUCGCCCAAAAGAAUUUUCCGGAAAAAAAGUCGCAAAAAAUCGGAGAAAAACGCCGAAGAAAAAAACAACUCUGACAUUUUAGCACCAAACAUGGACACGUCCUCCGACUCCAUCUCCCGGGAUUUGUUGUGUAGGGACGCCAGGCUAGGCCGUGGGGCGGACAACUUUGGAGGCUCGUACAAGUCCAGGAACAGCUCAGGGAACCAGGUCACUAGGGAUGACCUGAAUUACAACUUUCAACCCAAAACCAAAGAAAAAGAGGGUGCCGCCGAAAGUGACGACAAGGGCAAAGGUCACCGCAAGAAGAAACACAAGCACAAGGCCGACAGCCGCAAAAGCCAGCAGAUGAAGGGCCGAAAGUCCGUCAUGCUCGACACAACAUCCGACAUGGAGGGCAUCCAAUCCGCACUCGAUGCGGUCAAGAAACGAACCACCGAACUCUCCCAGCCUGGGGAACUGCAAGUCAAGGCAUCGGGCAUUAACCAGCAGGCAUCUACCACAGGCCUACCAGCACCAGCACCAGUACCAGUAGCAGUAGCACCAGACCCCGAACUGGUUACGCUUGAGCCGGUGGUGGUAGAUGGGGUGGAGAAGUUAAUGGUUGUUAAAAAAACCGAGAGUAAGGCGUCACAAACGGAGGGAAAGAGGAAAAAAUUAAGAGCAAUGCUUUGUCCAUGGUGCAAGAUGACAGUCGAGUAUGGGAUGAAACUCUAGGACAAUCGCAAAGGAAGAAUUUUCCGGAUCAGUCUACGAUUACAGGAUGAGGGUCCACUUCACUUCGAUUAUAUAUAUAUAUAUAUAUAUAUAUAUAUAUAUAUAUAUAUAUAUAUAUAUAUAUAUAUAUAGUUUCAUUUUUAACUGUAUAUUUUAAUUACCGCUACUCCUAGUCUCAGUUGACAUUAUUUUUUUCAAAUCCCCGUAAUUUUUUGACGAGAGUAAAUACUAGUCUAACUUGACUACACACGUUUACUAACGCCAAAGACAGAUCAUGGCCAUCUUGAAUCCAGAAACUGUGUUAGGUUGUUUGUUUUGAUAUACGUUUGUAGUGUUAGGGUUGAUUAGACGUGUGUAGCGAGUUAGUUCUUACUAAACGUGUAUAAACGGGUGUGCUAGGUUUGAAUAGAUGUGUGUAGCGUGUGAAUUCUGUAUAGACGUGUGUUGACGGGUGCGCUAGGUUUCACAAACGGCUGCGGAGAUAAAAAGCAAGAUGUAAAACUCUGUCGAAGAUCAGACUCCCAUAGAAAGACUGGCCUACGUACUGCAGACUUGUCAGCAUCGCUGGACUGUCUGCAAGCACACCUCAGGGACGAUAUUACAUCCAUCACAAUCACCUACCACUACGAUUAUAAUAUUUGUCCAUAUCAUAACAUAGGUAUCGUUCAUCUCUUUACUGGUUAUAUCCGACGAUUUGUUUUGCUCGUACAUAACAAGCUCGAUUCUUGUUUGAAUGUGUCCUAUACACUCUUCCACCCUCC